AUGAGUUUAUUAUACACGACCCAUGUACCCAUUGAGGUGCAUGAGUUGGAUGGAAAGAAGAAUGAAGAUCCACAAGAGGAAGUCGUAGCCAUCACACCAACCGGCACUCCACCAGCAUCAGCAACAGCAGGGGCAUUAACACCUGUAGAAAAUUCACAAAGUUUUGGUAUUUCACUUAGUUUAAUUCUAUCCAGUAUGUACAUUGGUACAAGUAUUGCUCUCUUUCUUACAAUACGUUAUAGUAAAAAACUAGAAAGAGAGGGUUUUCUCUCGUAUAAUAGUACUGGAAUUGUAAUGGCUAUUGAGAUUACGAAGAUUAUGGUUUCUGUAGCAUUAAAAUAUGCAGAAGAUGGAGAUUUUCUUUUUUAUAGUGUUACCUUUGGUAGAGAAAGGCGUGAACUUUGGCGAAUGAGUAUGGUAUAUGUGAUACCAGCUUUACUCUAUGCAUUAUAUAAUAAUCUUACAUACAUUAAUUUACAUUACUUUGAUCCUGGAACAGUUCAGAUGUUUAUGCAAACACGUGUUCUCUUUACUGGAUUUCUCUUUGCCACUGUUCUUCAACGGGCACUCUCUUUACGGCAGUGGAUAUCACUUGGUAUUCUCACAAUAGGACUUAUUGUAAAGUAUAUUUCACCUACAUUAAUGAUGUUAAUGAAUGUACGUGUGUUAGCGAUACUUUUACAAGCGUUUUUUUCAUCUCUUGCUGGUGUAUAUAAUGAACUUGCUCUUAAACGUGAGGCUUAUCUUAGUAUUCAUCAACAAAAUUUCUUUAUGUAUUUAUAUGGUAUCUUAUUUAAUCUUCUUCUUGGUCUUUUGGUGGCUCCUCAGGAAUAUAUGCAAUUACACUUACUUUAUCAUCCACAUAUUAUUUUUAUUCCUAUUAUUUUCAUGGGUGCUUUAAAUGGAUUAACAGCGGCAUUUAUUUUAAAGUUUAUUAAUGUAAUAGUAAAAGCCUUUGCUUCUGCAGUAGAGGUGGUGUUAAUGGCUGUUGUGGCUUCUCUUGUGUUGGAUGAAUCCUUUACACAGCAGGACUUUGUAGCGGCGGUGUUUGUGAUGGUGUCUGUCUAUCUCUACUACACCAAAGGAUGUGGAAGUGAGAGAGUAGAGAAGCAGAAGAGGAAAAUAAGACGUAUGGUGUAA